AUGUCAUCAACUUCGUUAUCACCAUCCCUCUUAUCAUCAUCCUCAUCAUUGUCACCAUCCUGUCUGAAAUACGCCAUUCUCAUGGCGAUCAUCACAGUAGUGUUCAGUAGAGAAACAAGUUCAUCUUACGUGUCAGGGAAUUCAUUUAAAAAUUCAUCUGGAAGUGCUGUCGGUGUGGUAGCUUCCGACGACAAUGGGAAGGAUAGUUGGAGUGGCAGCCGGAGAAAACGAUCCCUGGAUGCAGAUUAUUUCAAGAACGAGCACGUGUAUUGUGUCAUUAUUGACGCCGGUAGCUCUGGCAGUAGGAUUUACAUCUACAGUUGGAAAACUGACUUCGUACGGGAUGGUGAGGCUUUACCACGUCUUGAAGUAUCUGCCGUCGCAAGGAAAGAUGGAGGCGUCCAUAAACAGUUUGUCGAAAAGAGUGCAAAUAACAUGCAGGAUUAUUUAAGUCCUCUAAUGAACCAUGCAAAGGAGAACAUACCGGAAAAUCAACACAAAUCCACUGAUUUGUAUUUCAUGGCCACUGCCGGAAUGCGUCUGUUGGUCAAAAAUGCAGACGCUGCUAUUGAUCAAAUUCGAUCAGUUCUAUCGAUGAAAUCAUUCAACCCGUUCAAGUAUAAGCCAGAAAAUAUCAAGAUACUCUCAGGGGAGCAGGAGGGCGUGUUUGCCUGGGUAUCAGUCAACUAUCACAAAAAGGUCUUCGCCAGGAGAGGUGUCCGUGCAAACAAAACAUUCGGCCUGCUGGAGAUGGGGGGCGCAUCGACCCAGAUUGCUUUCAUACCUCGAGGGAGCAUACUUAACAACCUCUACCCCGUCAGGAUUGCCGGCGUGCAUUACAGUGUGUAUGUGAAGAGCUUCCUGCAGUUCGGAACGGAUUACGUCAGCAAGAAAAUAUCAAAUAUGGUUUGCAGUAAGAAGUUUGAAAUGGAUGAUAAAUGUGAUAAUCCUUGUUUCAUCAAAGAUGGUAUUAACCUUGUCAAUUUAGGUUUCACUCGAAAUUUUAGUGGUCAGGCAAAAAGUUUUAUUUUAGAGGGUAAAGGAAAUUUUGAAAACUGCCAAAAGCUAAUGGAAGAGGUGGUUUACAAAAAUGACAACCCAACAAAAUGUUCGCCCUCUCCAUGCAGUAUCGGCGAGUUCUACCAGCCUCCAAUACCGAAUGACAUGAAGUUUGUAGGCAUCGGAGGUUUCAAACAUGUCUACAAAAAACUCAAACUCUUACAAGAUGAUGGCAGCUUAAAUCUUGAUAAAGCUUUAAAAAAAGUAGAAGAAUUUUGCUCCACGGGCAAAUCAGAUGUCUCAGAAGAUUACUCGAAACCAGAUGACAAAACCUCCAUAUAUGCCAGCGAUCCCUGCCAGUUCGGCCUCUACUUUGACACACUGUUGACACGUGGGUAUGGAUUUGACCGACAGACCUCCAACAUUUUUAUCGAUCCAGAUAUUAAUUGGACUUUGGGAGCUGUAUUAUAUGAGAAUGAGAAAAACGUGUAUGGGUUUCCUCCACCAUCAUCCUCUUCAUCAUCUCCAUCGUCAUCAUUCCGGAAUGCAGGCCAUGCCAUCAUUAUGGUGAUGAAGUUUGUGUCCAUCCCUACUGCCUCGUACCUCUUCAUGAGUUUCACGCGCUCAGUGUAG